AUGGGGUCUCAAAGCGAAGACCAUAUCACAAAAAUGCUUCAAGCUCAAACCAAAGUAUUCAAUCACAUUUUCAGUUUCAUAAACUCAAUGUCCCUUAAAUGUGCAAUUGAAUUGUCUAUACCAGAUGUCAUACAAAACUAUGGUCAACCUAUCCCACUUUCACAACUCAUUGCUAAAUUACCAAUCCACCCUUCUAAAACCGAUGAUAUAUAUCGUUUAAUGCGAGUUUUAACACAUUCUGGUUUCAUCAACGUCAUUGAAAAUAAUGACGUCGAAGAAGUAAUGUAUGAGCUUAAUGAUACAUCUACAUUAUUGCUCAAGGAUCAUCCCUAUAGUAUGACAUCUUUGUUACAUCUUAUACUUGGUCCAAUCAUGAGUAAACCAUGGUAUCAACUUUCUAAUUGGUACAAAAAUGAUGACCUUUCACCUUUUCACACCGAAAAUAAUGGAGUUGCGUUUUGGGACUAUGCUGGUCAUGACCCUAAACAUAAUGAGUUGUUUAAUGAAGCUAUGGCCUGUGAAACUAGAAUGGCUUCUAGUGUUGUGAUGGGGAAGUGUAGAGAGGUGUUUGAAAAGAUGGAAUCUUUGGUUGAUGUUGGUGGAGGAAGUGAGAACUUGAAAUUUGUUGGAGGGGACAUGUUUGAGGCUAUUCCUCCUACUCAUUCAAUUUUACUCAAGGGUGUAUUACAUGAUUGGAACGAUGAUGAAUGUUUGAAAAUACUAAAGAAAUGCAAGGAAGCAAUAAUGAGCAAUGGAAAAGUGAUAAUCAUAGAUGCAGUGAUGGGGAAUGAAAAAGAAGAGAAUGAAACAGUUGAAGCACAAUUGUUCUAUGAUUUGGAGAUGAUGGUGUUGGUUAAUGGAAAAGAGAGAAAUGAGAAAGAAUGGUCUAAGUUGUUUUUCUCUGCUGGUUUUAGUAACUACAAGAUUACUCAUGGUCUUGGUUUUAAGUCUUUCAUUGAGGUUUUCCCAUAG